CAAGUUUUCCGCUUAAGUUAACUUCCUCAUUAGCAGCGUUAGCUUCAAAGUGAUCCAGAGUUCAGCGUCGUCUCUGUCUGAACCAUCAUUUCUUUCGGUUAGUCUUCGAGCCUCACAGAUGUCUAAGCCUCCUCCCAAGCCGGCCAAGCCAGGCCAAGUGAAGGUGUUCAGAGCGUUGUUCACCUUCGAUCCCAGAACGCCAGAUGAGUUGUACUUUGAAGAAGGAGACAUUUUGUACAUCUCAGACACGAGCGACUCUAAUUGGUGGAAGGGGACAUGUAGAGGGAGGACAGGACUAAUUCCUAGUAACUAUGUUGCUGAGCAGGCAGAAUCUAUUGAUAAUCCAAUGCAUGAAGCAGCUAAACGAGGUAAUAUGAGCUGGCUGAGGGAAUGUCUGGACAACAAGGUUGGGAUUAACGGGCUGGAUAAAGCGGGAAACACUGCCCUCUACUGGGGAUGCCACGGAGGACAUAAAGAUGUGGUGGAGUUGUUGCUAAGCCAGCCCAACGUGGAGGUCAACCAGCAGAAUAAACUGGGAGACACACCACUGCAUGCUGCUGCCUGGAAGGGUUACUCUGACAUCGUGGAAAUGCUGCUUGCUAAAAAUGCGAGGAUAGACAUCAAAAACAACGAGUGUAAACUGGCUGUCGAAAUGGCCACCAACGCCCAGUGUGCUUCACUCAUCAAAAGGAAGCUGGGAACCACCAUCACCCGGACACAUAGCAACGCUGAGGAGUAUUUGGACGACGAGGACUCGGACUGAGCCGGCUCCGGCUCCGGCUCGGUCAGACCGUUUUCGCUGUUUUACAUUGUUGGUUCUCUGGAGGUCGUGGAACUUUUAAGUUUUGUUUUUGUUGUUUU